AUGGAAAAGGAUUUGGAUAAAGUAGUAGAUGAAAUUAUGGCAACGCCUAAUGUAAGUGGAUGUUUAGUCGCAGACCAUCAGGGGCUUUGUUUAGCAGCAAAAGGAACGGCACAUGUAGACUCGGCUGGAAUAAUAGUGGCAAUUUCAGAGCAAGCUUGUAAAAUACAGCCAAACUUAAAGCCACCUACCGUAUGUUUAGAGGCUGAUAAAAAGCUUUGUUUAAUACAAAGACACGGCACAAUAACUGGAGCUAUUUACAAACAAAAAACAGAGAUGAAGUUUUAA